AUGGUAUGGGCAUAUAGAGAGGAUGGAGAGGGAAAGCACUACACUGGUGGGAGGUUUGGCUCCUGGUGGUCGCAAGUUGGAUAUAACUGGAGUUGUCCUCCUGAGCUUCCUGAUAUAUCUGCUAUCAGGUUGGAUAGUAACAGCAGUGGAAGUAAAACUGGCGAUGCAACCAUUCUCUCUUCUGUCAGCGAAAAUGAUUUGUCACAAAACAGUGGCAGCAGCAUUUUUCAUGAAGUUACUACAGAGGAGUUAGAGAAGGAAUACAUGAGUUACCUACAGUGGGCCUAUGUUGAUACUUACAGUGAAGAUGCCUUCAAUGUUCAACUUAAAAAUGCACAGGUAUGACUUUAUUUUUAAUUU